AUGGAUCACGAGGAUAAUCAUCGCAUUGAUGAAAGUGAAAUCAAGGAGGUUGGGAAAUCGGGAAAAUUUUGAAAUUGAGAGAAAACCAUGAAUUUUUGCAGAUAAUCGAGAUUGACGAGGAUCAGGCGAUGCAUUAUGCGUCAGAUGACGAGGAUGAAGCAAGCACGUCGAAGUGAGUGGAUUUCUGGGUGAAAAACUGAUUGGAAAUAUGGCUUGAGCUGGAAAUUCGCUGAAUUUCACGCAAAAACUCAGAAAACCCAGAUUUUUGUCUGAUAUCACGAAAAAUCUAAUCUUUCAUUUUUAAAAUCCAAUUUUUGUGUGAAAAUGUGGAUUUAAGUCUGAAAAUUUGGAUUUUUUUCAUUGUUGAGUUAGAUAAUCCAAAUUUCCAUGCAAUUUCCGUCAGGAAACAAUGGUUUUGACCAGGAAAACAUGAAAAAUCCAAAAAUUCCGCAUUUUCAGUGCCGGAGGCCAAGCCGAAAUCAUCGACGACUCUUUGAUGUCACUUCAAGCUCAUUCUCAAGACUGUUUCGCUGUGGCUUUGGCCUCAAAUCGUUGGUUGGCGACAGGCGGUGAAGAUGACGUGGCAUUUCUCUUCGAUCAAAACGAAUCCGAAUCCGAACCGAUUUUGAAAGUCGAACACAAAGAUUCGGUAACUCAUGUGCUCUUCAAUAAUUCCGAAACUCUUUUGGCUACUGGUGAUAUUGGUGGAAAAAUUGUUAUUACUGAUAUUCGCACCAAAAAAUCGAGAGCUGAGGUAUUUUUUGGUGAUUUUCACGUGAAAUUGACCUAUUUUCAUGAAAAAUCUCUUCCAUUUCUAGAUUGACGAAUGCAACGAUUUGGAAUGGAUGAAAUGGCAUCAUACAGCCGAUAUUUUGUUCGCUGGAGAUAAAGACGGCAUUUUGUGGAUGUGGUUGAUUGGAAAUAAGGGAAUUGUUCAAUCGAAGGUGUGUUUGGGGUGGAAAUUGCGGGAUUUUGGGCUAAAUUUUAUUAUUUUUCAUGAAAAAUUGUGUUGUAACGAUGAAAAUUGGGUUUUUUCACACGGGGCAACCGUUUUCAGUAGAAAAUUUUAAUUAGAAGCUUGGGGCUUGAAUUUUCGUCUUAAAUACGUUGGAAAUUCGGGCUUUCGGACUUAAUUAGGGAAUUUUCAUGAAAAACUUAGUUGAAACUAUGAAAAUUGAGCUUUUUCACACGGGGCAACUAUUUGCCGUGGAAAAAUUUGAAAUAUAAGCUUGGAGCUUGAUUUUCCAUCAAAUUUCUGAACUUCAGACCUAUUUUUUACCUAAAAUCACGGUUUUGAGCUCAAAAAACCAAAAUUAGCAGGUCUAGACCAUGAUUUUCAGCUCAGGAUCUAAUUUUUCAUGAAAAAUCAUAUUUUCCAGGUCCAGGGCUCUAAAAAUCAAGAUUUUCCAAGGUGUUUUCUUGAUCUCACCUCCCUUCAAAAAACACACCAGUCCACUCCAAAACAAACAAAAAUCGCGCUCUUUUUUUCGCACUUUUUAUCAUCUCAAAAAUAUUUGCAUAGAGCGAGAGAAUAUCUCUGCGUCUCUUCACUCUCAUCCCUCUAAUCAUCUUUUUUUUCCCUAUACUAAAUACUACUAUUAUUAUUUUAUUAUUAUUAAUAUUUGUCGAUGAGAUUGUGCGGCAGACAUGGUUAUAUUACACCAUUUAAAAAUGGGAAAAGAGAAAAGAGAGAUGAAACUAAAUAUAUUUAUUUGUUUAUGAUGUGGAAUUAUUAUUGUUUUGAUGAGAAAAGUGUAGUUUUGGAGCACAAAUAAGGCUUUGAGCGCGGGACAGGAAUUUUUGGAGAAAUGGAGUCCCGAGCCAUAUUUUUGUACACCGUACGAUGAAAUUGGUGACUUUGAAUACAUGACUCGAUUUUCGUACAGACAAAACGUUCUAAACAAUUUUUAGUGGCAUUUGGAGCAAAAAAUGGAAAUUUUGGGAUUUUUCAAGUGAAACAAGUUCGGGUCUCAAUUUUCGUACCAAAAUCCUUCGAAUUUUUCAUUGUUUUUCGCCUUUAUCACCCAGAAUCCAAAAAAACACAGAUCAAAAAUCGGAUUAGAUUAAAAAGUGCGCGCGCGCCCCACACAGACGGAUAAUCUCUGUUUUUUUGUUCAUCCCUUUCCAUUUAGUUGUUGCAAAACGGGGUUAAUUUGUAUUCGCUUCGAAUAAUCAUAAAAUUUUGACCCGUACGGUUCCGGUAACAUGAUUUUUGAAGGGGAAAUGGAAUUUUGGAAUACAGGCUGGUUUUUACACGAUUUUUAGCCGAAAAAUCGUACGAACAACAAGAAUUUUGGUUUUAAAUUGUGCUAAACAGGUUUUUACAUGAUUUUCAGCCCAAAAAUCAUGAAUACUUGGUUUUUACACGAUUUUCAGCCGUAAAAUCGUGAAAAUACGUCCGGACAACAAACAUUUCGGCUUCGAGCUGAGCUUAACUGGUUUUUACAUGAUUUUCAGCCCAAAAAUCAUGAAAACUUGGUUUUUACUGGUUUUUACACGAUUUUUAGCCCAAAAAUCAUGAAUACUUGGUUUUUACACGAUUUUUAGCCCAAAAAUCGUGACAGCUUGGCUUCCUUCGGUUUUUACAUGGUUUUCAGCCUGAAAAAUCGUGAAAAUUACAAAAAAUAAUAUAAUUUCACUGGAAAUCCAAGAUUUACGGUUUCUUUAUACCAAGCAAUGAUUUUUCACCGGGAAAUCCCUAAAAAUCGCGAAAAAAUCUAUUUUCCGAAUUUUUCCCCCCAUAAAAGAUCAAAAAUCCAACGAGUAUCUACUAUAUACUAAUUGGGAAAAUUUUUUUGGCAAUAGUGUGUCCGGGUCCCGUUCUCAAAACUGUGUGCAUAAAAAUUGAUGAUCAAAAAAAGAAAAAGUUUCUAAAUGUUGGCAGCUCGGUGCGCAUCUUAUUCAUUCUUUCUCAAAAUGUAUGUGAGUGCGCGGAGAAUGAAAAGUUUGCAAAUCUCAAUGUAUUUUUCGGAUUUAAAAUGUGUCGCUCGACUUUUCUCAAUUUCCAGAAGACCAUUUUUGAUGGGACCUUCACUAUUCUAUCCCAAAUUCUUUCCCAUUGAGGCGCUAAUAUUCGAUUUUUCAAAAAGUGCGCGAGUUUUCAUGUGAAAAAUCAAAACUUUUUUCGUGCUAAAAAGAAUGAGCACGUUUUUAAUCAGAAAAAAUGGCUAGGUCACGUCUCUUAUCUGAUCUUUUUUAUUGCUCAGUUAUAGCGGGACAUUUUUAAUCAUUUCUCGCUAUUACUCUACUACUAAUCGGUUUGAAAAAUAAAUUUAAAUAAAGUGAGUCAAACUACUGUAGAUAAAUUCAAAAUUUUUCGAACUUUCAGAUAUUGAAUAAUUUCUCUCACAAGAAGAGAAGUAAAGGCUUCGAUGUGAAUUUUUUAAUAGUGAGUUUUGAUGUGUUCGGGAGUAUCAAUAUAGUUAAGCUCAAGCAAUUAUUAACAAUCCGAAAUUUUGUAAGCCUUGAAAGAGAACCGAUAUGACCGAGAAAACUAAUCAUUUCCUCUCUCAACAAAAAUAAUGAAAGGACGAUGAAGUCAGAUGUAUUUUGAUUCUCUCUUCCACGACAAAGUUUCAGAUUGAACAUAGAAAAUAAGUCAGAGAAGCACUGGAGAAAAGUACAUGUUAUGGAUCAAUUCAUUUGAAGAAAAAAUGAAUUUCGCGACAUUUUUUGUCGCGAAAUUGCAAUUCGUGAAACGACACGAAAUAAACACAAAAAUAAAGGAGAAAUAUUAAAAGGACACGUAAUCGCUGCGAGACCCAACACACGAAAAAAGAAUUUCCUCUUUUAUUUUAUUAAUUUCGUGUCGUUUCGCGAAUUGCAAUUUCGCGACAAAAAAUGUCGCGAAAUUCAUUUUUUCUUCAAAUGAAUUGAUCCAUUAGAUAACUUUUCUCGAAAUUUUGUGGUUUGUUUUUUUAAGAUGUAGCAAAUUUGAGUUUGAAUGAAAAAAGAGUCCUAUCCCAAAUAGCUAACUCUCAAAUUUUUCAAUAAUUUUUGGGGUAGAUCAAAAAUUAUCUUUCUCUAAAUAUUUCAUAAGGGUUCAUUCACUAACUAAAAAUCAGAUUUUCGAAUUCUUCAGCCAAAAAUGAUGACAAAUCCAGGUUUUUGAAGCUUCUGAGGUAGUAUCUGAUAAAAAUUCAUCUCGGAAUCCACUUUUCAGAAGUUUUAUGAAAGAAACAUUUGCAUAGGAUUUUAGGCUUAAAAAUCAAACCCCAUCUUUUUUCCUCUAAAAAUUUCUGUUCAGAUCCGAACAGUUUUCUAUGAGAUUUCGUAUGGAUUCCGUAGAUUCUGCACUUUUGUUUUUUGAACUUCAAAACUAUACAAAUCGGUUCUGAACAGGAAAAAUAGGGAAAAAGGCAUUGAAAAAAGAGAUUUCAAGAAAAUAGAACAGUCUUCAAAGAAGAAGGAAACAAUAUUUUUCGAACUCGAAUUUUGAAUUCAAAAAUCUAAGUUAAAAACUUACAGUCUGAAGUAAAAAAUGUCACACAGAACUUAAUUUUCUAUAAAUUUUGGAUCGGCAUCUUUUUUGAGCUUUUCUGAAGAGUAUUUAGUUUUUCUGAAGAGUUUCUGAAGAGUAUUUAGUUUUCUGCAAAUACCCAGCACACGGUGUAUUUACUACCCAACAAUUUCGCGCAUUUUUUUAGACCUGACAGGGUUUUCAGGGGUGGAAUCAACGCAAAAAUGAAAGAUUUAGGGAAAAAUUAUUUUUGAUCUACCCCAAAAACCAUUGAAAAUUUUGAAGUCUAGCGAUUUCGGGUAGUAAAUUACACACUGUGCCCAGUCAAUCGAUUCGCGUUUACAGUUAUUCAAAAAUGAAAACGAAAAAUUCCAAAAUUUUAUGAAGUUUUGGAUUAAAAUUCAUUUCAUCACUUCUCGAAAAUGAUUCCUAACCAUUGAUUCCAAAACUUUAUGGCAAUCUUUAUGAAAAGUCUGCAAGUUAUUUUCAUAGAUGAAAAUGUUCAAGUUUGCACGUUCCAUGAAUCACCAUACGGUUUUGAAGAAUCAAACCGUUCGAAAAACUUUAUACCUAAAGAAAACUACGCGCGAAGCCGGGACAAUCCAGAAGGAGAAGCCGGCGUUAGCCGGCGGAGCCCUUCUGGUUAUAAUAAUAAUGUUGUUUUCGUCGUCCUCGAAAAAACUCUCUCUCAAAGUGCUUUGAAAGAGAAAAAGAGAGAGAGAGAGAGUCACUUUACUCUCUAGUAUUUUCCCAUCAUCGCGUUUUUGCUGCCACCUGCGCGCCGAGCGCUCCCCCCACUGUCUCUUUCUCUCACCACCCUCUCAUCUCUCUCGUCGUGGCUACUUUUCGUCUCCAUCUUCGUUUUCUGACAUCAACAUCUCUAUUUCUCUCCACUCUCUUCUAUCUCGCAGCUUUUCGUCACUGCGCCCUCCACUCUCUCGUCGUCGUUUUUGUGUGUGUACGCUUGGCUGGCCGGCCGGCCGGCGUUGGAAAAAAAACGAGGAGAAUAUCGGGGGACCGACUAAAAGUGACAUGUUGGAGGAACCUAGUUUUUUUUGGCUUGGAACAUGGAUAUUUGGGUUAAUUUGAUGUUUGAUUAGAGGGAUGAUGAGGCGAAAUUAUGGUUUUGGACGAAUCUUAGGGUCUUAAAGUAGUUUCGGACGAUUUUUAGUGUCUUUAGGUAGUUUCGGACGAAUUAAAGUGGUUUUAUGUAGUUUCGGACGAAUUUUAAGUUCCUCUAGGUAGUUUCGGACGAAUUUCAGUGUCUUUCGGUAGCUUCGGACCAAUUUUCGACAUGUUUUAGUGAUUUUUCACUUUCCCACGGCUUUUUAAUGCGUUCCACUAGGAUUUUUCAAACCUUGGAGAAUUUUUGAGCAAAAAUUGCGAUUUUCUCGUGGUUUCUAACUAGUUUUGAGCUCUAGUGGCUUUGGAUUUUCUAUUUUUCAAGGUUUUCGCCUUUUCAGCGUGAUUUUUGAGAUUUCCAGCUAGUGAAACCAUUUUUUCUGGUUUCACACAGAAUUUUUGAGUCGUAAGGCCUUUUUGUCAUAGUCCAAAGAGUUUCCCUCAAGUUUCAUAAGUUUUCUGAGGCCAACGAUUUCUAGUCGAAAUUUUUCAAUUUGGAAGCGUUUUUCUCUCAGUUUUCACGAUUUUUCUCGAAUUAUAGGCUGUAAAAUGAAUUCGAAACUUUGUCCCCGACGAAAAAGUGCAAUUCCCUCUUUUUUGUCCAUUUUCCCAAAGAUUAAUGGGACAUUAACAGAUGGUUCUUCUUUUUCUUCGUAUUUUGUUAAUUUCUCAUCCAACAAAGAAACUGUCUUCUUCUUUUUUUUGGACUGACCUUCGCGCCGAUUUUUCGAACACGAUUUUCACUUUUUUUCACUGUCCGUCAGGGUCGAAGUUUUUUUUUUUGAAUAAAACUGUUGGAAAUGGUCGCGCCGACGGAAUUUUGAGCAAAAUGGUACGAAAAAUCCGAUUUUUGAGCACAGGUCUCGAAUUUUUCUCUGAAAAAUUGUUGGCUCUUUUUCGUCUUUCUCCCCUCUUACUGAAUAAAACAUUAGUUUGUCAUGUCAAAAGAGAAAAAAAGCGGCGGCCGAACUUUUUUCUGUGACAAAAAUGUGCACACAAUUGAAUUUGCUCCCCGCAUUCUCUUUAUGUAUUUUUUUUGGCGAGUUUUGUUGUAGACGACAAAUAUUUGAGAAGAAGAAGAAGAAGAUGGGAUGAAAUUGGAGAUGUGAAACAAAAGUGUCUUGUUUUUUGAGCUCAAAUUUGAGAGACAGAAAUUGAGAUUUUCAGCGAUUUUUUUUCGCCAAACUUUCUUCCCUUAUCAAAAAUUAAUUUAUUAUUUCAACACGUAGGUUAGGUUAUCAAUGCAUUAUCAACAAAAAAAAUUAUGUGUUUUGAUAAAAGAGAAGAAAAGGUCAUAGUACUGUUUGUUGUACGAUUCCUUCAGUAAAUCUCUCUAACAUGAGCAAUCUAUCUAUCUACAUAGAAAUCUCAUCUGGGACCAGAAAAGCGUGUCAAAAUUAUCUAAUUUGAAACAGUUUGUGACAUUCUUAAUUAGAUAAUGUUUAAUUAGACUAAUUAAAUAGGUCGGAGAGAAUAGAGAGAAAAUAACAUCUGGCCGGAUCGCUUUUUGAAUGCACCACUAAUUGUUGGAGGAACAUUUCGCUCCAGAACUUUUUUGAUCUACAUUAUUUUUACGAUUUUUUCCGCCAAUAUUCAAAAAAAGAUGACUAUCGCUGUUUGAAAAGUUUUUUCGCGCCAAACAAUCUCAAAAAUGCAUCUUUCCCCCUUUCGCUCCUCUGACUAUACACAUUUUUGGCCGAUUUUGUUAUCAGACGAAAGAAACGCCGUGAUAUUCUCUAUUGCUAUGGCAACUUUUGAUUUGGCUCUUUUUUUUGGUUGAGCUCAAAACACCAUUUUCUGUGUCGAGAAAAACAAAGAAGUAACACAAAACACAAGGGGAGAAUCAAUAUUUGAACAAAAAACAAAAGCAAACUUGACGAAAGACAAUCACGAAUCUUGGGAAGCGGGGAGGAUUUUUGGGUGGAAAAAUUGGCUGAAAAUGAUGCUGGAAUUGGCCUAAAACCGGUCUUGAACAUAGAAUUGAUGGAAAAUUGGCGGAAACCUGGAAAAUUUGAUUUUUUCACCGGAAAUAGUGAAUUUUUGCUGAAAAUUGUACUUUGUACCCGGAAUUCAUGAAAAAUCCCGAAUUUUUGUUCAUUUCCACCCAAAAAUCUUCCGAUUUUCGCCAUGUAGUAAAUAAAUACUUAGGCUAAGUGUGAAAGCCAGCAGGUGUUAUGUAAUUAUGCUCUUAUUUUUCGACACGGCGUCCUACUGCGCAACUCUAAAAGUUGUAAUAAUAGAAAUUGGGGAUUUGUGGGAGGAAUGUGCAAAAAUUCCGAUUUUCCACCCAAAAAACUGGAAUUUUCCGGUCACAUGCUAAUGAAUAAUAUAUUUGAAUGUGCUCUUUGCUCACUGCACAUUUUUGGGGUGAAAAAUAGUAUAGUUGAUAAGGAAAUGGGGGAUUUUUGUUGGAAAAUAUGAUGAUUUUUGACCUGAAAUACUGUGAAAAUUGCUCAAAACACUGAAAUUCAUCAGAAAAUACCCUGAAAACCCUUGAAAACUUUAAUGUUGCCUCAAAAUAUCGUGAAAAUUGCUCAAAAAUCAUGACAUUUCAAAAAUUUUCACCCAAAAAUUUGAAAAAUUCUUGCAGGUCUACGCUGGAACUGGUGAACCGUGUACAGCUGGAUGUUUGUUGCCGGACGGAAAACGCAUCCUAACCGGAUACGGAAAUGGUGUUGUUAGUGAGUGGAUCUGAAAUUUUUUCAGCCCAAAAAUAGGCUGUGUGUGACGUCAGCAGAAACUAAUUAGUAUUCCAAAAAUAAUCUUUGAAGCGGAAAAAAUUUGAAUUUUUAAAUUGUAGAUUUUGGCGCGAAAAAUUGGUUUUGAAUUUUUUGAAUCUCGCUGAAAAUCCACGUGUAAAAAAUGUUUGAAAAAUUUGAAUUUUCAAAUUUUGGCUGGUUAGAAUACUGUAGAUUUUGGCGCGAAAAAUUGGGUUUGAAAAUUUGAAUUUUUGAAUCUCGCUGAAAAUCCACGUGUACGUGUAAAAAAUGUUUGAAAAAUGUGCAUUUUUAAAUUUUUUAGAGUACUGUGGAUUUUGGCGCGAAAAAUUGGGUUUGAAAAUUUGAAUUUUUGAAUCUCGCUUUUUUUUUAAAUCCACGUCUAAAAAAUGUUUGAAAAAUUUGAAUUUUUAAAAUUUUGCAGGAUUAUGGCUUUUGCGCGAAGAAACGAGCACUCAAUUAUAUUUUCAUUCUCCAAUCACCGCAAUCGAUCAUCAUAUUUCGCAACCGGUUGCUGUUGUUGGAACACAAAGUGGUGAGGUUUUGGUGGAUUUUGGGCUGAAAAUCGGGAAAUUUGGAAUUUUUAGAGCUGAAAUUCAUGAAAUUUGGACAUUUUCAACCUAAAAUUCAUAAAAAAUGAUGAAAUUUUAAUCAUUUUCAUGAAAUUCGUUAAUUUCUGACUCAAAAAUACCUAAAUUUUGUCAAAUCUUGAUUCAAAAGCUUCUCCUGGCUCAUUUUUCAAGAAUUUUGGCUCAAAACAGCUCCAGAGCUCAAAAAUACUCUAAUUUUUCAUCAAAAAACUUGUCCAGAGCUCAAAAUCAUUCAAAAAUUCCCCAAUUUUUUUCCAGGAACUGUAAAUGUGAUCUCCACAGCUUCGCCCGAUAAUAUUCUCAAAAAAAUCUCGCUUCUCCCGCCGCCAGGCGUAAAUUCGACAACAAUUUCGACAAACGGAACUGCAAUUGGUGAAAAUGGUGAAGAAGAAGAGGAAGAGGUUGGAAAUUGUGUUGAAUCGCUUUCGAUGGCACCUUCGCAUCCAUGGUUUGCGGCUGGUAGAAAUGAUGGAACUAUGUGCAUUUAUGAGAUGGAUUCAAAUGCUCCAAGAAGCAUUUUUCAGUCUAAUGAGAUGCAGGUGAGCAUUUUGAGCUCUCAAGCUAUUUUUUGAGCUAAAAAUCGAGAAAAAUGACCUAUUAUUGGUCCUGGAGCCGAAAUAUCAAAAAUUUCAGCACAAGAGCUGAAUUAUUGUGAAAAUUUGGUCCAAAGAGCCAAAUUUUAUAGUUUUGAGCAAAAAACUACUGAAAAUGAGCUCUGGAACUGCUUUUUGAGCUGAAAUUCGAGAAAAAUGACCUAUUUUUGGUCCUGGAGCUGAAAAUCUUGAAUUUUUAACCCGGAAUAUAAAAAAUUUCAGAACAACAGCUAAAUUAUUGUGAAAAUUGGCCCACUUUUGUCCUAAGACCCAAAAUUUUAUAGUUUUGAGCAAAAAACCAUUGAAAAUGAGCUCUGGAGCUGUUUUUUGAGCCAAAAUUCGAGAAAAAUGACCUAUUUUGGUCCUGGAGCUGAAACUCUUGAAUUUUGAGCCGAAAUUUCAGCACAAGAGCUAAAUUAUUGUGAAAAUUUGGUCCAAAGACCCCAAAUUUUAUAGUUUUGAGCAAAAAACCACUGAAAAUGAGCUCUGGAGCUACUUUUUGAGCUGAAAAUCGAGAAAAAUAACCUAUUUUUUGUCCUGGAGCUGGAAAUCUUGAAUUAUUUUGAGCCGAAAUAUCAAAAAUUUAUUUUUUCAAGAGCUAAAUUAUUGUGAAAAUUGGCCUAAUUUUGUCCAAAGAGCCAAAUUUUAGUUUUGAGCAAAAAACUACUGAAUAUGAGCUCUAGAGCUACGUUUUGAGCUGAAAAUCAUGAAUUUUGACCUAUUUCUCCUGCAGGCAAUCGUAAAAGUUGUUUGGUCGAUGGAAGGAAAUGCACCGUAUGUUACUUGUGGAUCAAUUGAUGGAACUAUUCGAAUUUUUGACGCUAGAGAUAGUUCGAUGGUUAAGGUGAGCUUGGAAUUUGAAAAUUUUGAAAAAUUUGCGAUUUUUUGAGUAUAAAUAAGGCUAUGGUCUGAAAAUUUGGAAAAUUUCUCGCAAAAACUGAAAUUUUCAAGUCUGAAUUCUGAAUUUUUCGAUAUUUUGCUGAAAUUUCCGGAUUUUUUGAACCUACAUCAGCUCAGGGCCUGAAAAUCUGAAAAACUGAGCCUAGGCCUGUUUAGACUUGAAAAAUCUGGAUUUUCAAGCCCAAAUAAGCCCAGGGCCUGAAAAUCUGUAAAUUUCAAGUCUAGGCCUGUUUAGGCUCGAAAAAUCUGGAUUUUUAAGCCUAAAUAAGCCCAGGGCCUGAAAAUCUGUAAAUUUCAAGUCUAGGCCUGUUUAAACUCGAAAAAUCUGGAUUUUCAAGACCAAUUUAGCCCAGAGUCUGAAAUAAUCUUUUAAAAAAUGAACCUAGCCUUGUUUAGAUUCAAAAGUCCCCAAAUUUUCAGCUCAAAUAAGCCUGAUGUCAAAAAAUCCCAAAAAAAAUGACUUACAGGAACUCGGAAACGGCGGAGACGAAGUAUUGGAUUUGCUCGUAAUUGGCUCAAAUCCCCAUCGAAUUUUGACGGCUGGAAGCAAUGGAGUUGUUAGGGUUUUUGACCUUAAUUAG